AUGGACUCCAACUCUUCUCCUUCUACGCACCGCCAGCAAGUGGACAUCACGCAGGGUUCCAACUCUGGCAUGCGCCCUUCGCCCAGACCGGCCGUUCAAGCGCGCAAGCUCAAAGCGCGGCCGUCCUCGCUUCAGCUGCCGCUCAGCAUGCCUUCUCCACCACCACCCACUCAGCCUUCCCCAGACAGGCCCUCUAAUCCGAUCCUCCGCUGGUUCAAGCCGGAGAGCACGAGCACCCCGGCCAGCGCCCUUCCAUCCAACAAAUCACUCCCCGGCACGCCACAGAGCAGCAACACGCCGAAUAUCUCACGCACACCCUCGCCGCUCUCGUCCUUACAAGACGCGCUCAACUCGGAUCUCCCGCAGCUGCCACAGGCCGCUCAUCACGGACACCCACCAACGUCACUGUUUCCUAAUUCACACCACUCAAUCGCAUAUCCCCCGUCUUUCCUGCGCGGACUCACGCAUACGACUCUCCCCACUGCUUCAUUAUCUUACGGCUCUGAUGAUUUUACCCGUGGACCCAUCUCUCCUUCCUACUCGCCACCAGAGCAUACUUCGCUCGAGACCCUACGCUCGCUACAAUCACACAGCGUGCGCCGCGUGAACAGCCUGAAGCGCUCCCCGACGCGCUCCCCCAAAGAAGCAAGAUCUUUCUCGACCAGCUUCACCCCGUCGUGGUGGUGGUCGCAGAACGAGAAUAAGGCCAAUGUCGAUCAGCUGCUAGACGAGGCGGAUCGUGGAGAGACCGUCAGUGAAGAGCAUGAACGAAUAAAGCGAAAAUAUCUGGCGCCGAAUAAUCCGAUCGUCUUCUGUCACGGUCUACUGGGAUUUGACACCGUUGCCGUUGCAGGUCUGGAAUUUGAUCACUGGCGCGGUGUGAAGGAGGUGUUGGAGCAGAACGGAUGCGAAGUCCUCAUCACUCGUGUGCCCGCCACGUCCUCACCCGCAGAUCGAGCCGCCGUGCUCGAAGAACACAUCGAGAAGGCAUAUCCCGGUCGUUCAAUACAUCUUAUUGGACACAGUAUGGGCGGGCUUGACUGUCGCUACCUAACUUCUCGCCUGAAGAACCACACAUUCUCAGUCUUGAGUGUCACUACAAUCGCCACUCCUCAUCGCGGGUCUGCUUUUGCAGACCAGUUCCUGGCCUAUCUGGGUCACGAGCGUCUGCCAAGCUUCGUCAACUUCCUCGACAUGCUACCGAUCGGAGGAGGCGAUGGGGCCGCUUUCACGUCUUUGACCCGCGAAUCGAUGAAAAAGUUCAAUGAGGAGACGCCAGAUCAACCCGGCGUGCGUUACUUCAGCUGGGGUGCGAUGUACGAGCCGGGUUUGAUUGAUACCUGGAAGUUGUCCCACGGAGUCGUGCUCGAGAAGGAAGGUCCCAAUGACGGCCUUGUCUCGGUCUCAUCGGCACAGUGGGGCACAUACCUCGGAACGCUUACGGAUGUGAACCAUCUGGACCUCGUGGGCUGGGUCAAUCCUGCGCGCUACAAAUGGGCCGAACUGCGCGGGAAGGCGAUCAAGUUCAAAGCGGCGACCUUUUAUCUGGGCGCUGCUGAUCUGCUCGCGCGAGAAGUGGAGGGCCAGGCGCCGCUUGCACGGGAAGAGAAUGUAGAUGACGAUGAUCCGAUGGCCAGCGCAAGCCGCCGGGCCCAAGCACAUGGUGACGCGACUGUCGAAGACCUGGGCCGGCAAGUCGCUGGAGAGGGUUCGAAGAAGGAUGGGCCAACGGCGACCGGACAGGGUCUACAGGCACGGCUAAAGGACGCCGUUGCUCGUGGUACCGGCGACAGGUCGAAACAGAUGCUCCUCGCGGACGAUGAUCCAUGGGACGCACGUUCGGAGCCGGGUUCGGAAGCCGGUAGUCCACCAAGGCAUUCGUAG